GACACCUCAGCCUCGUCAACCUUCCUCGGUCGAUGACAGCAAUAUUGCGAACAAGAUUGCUAUCUCACUGAACGAGGGUCUUGAGAAUCCUAUUCUCUGUCAUCGACAAGGAUAAUGCUCAGUCCAUGGUGAACAUGCACCUUUCGCCGGUCACAUAUUGACCUCAUAUACUUUAUCUAGUGCUGAAUGUCCACGUAACUACAUAACCGCCCUUAUUGCGAUAGACAACCAGUUUUCAACCACAGAAAAUGGAGAUCCUACCUCAAGAAAUACUGGUCGAUGUGCUCGAUCAUCUCGAGGCCGAGGAUCUUAUCUCUGCACAGCAGACUUGCCACUUGCUUUCCAAGUCAGCUCGGACCAACACGCUCUGGAGGUACAAAUGUUUCGAGAAAUCUCCCAGUGCGACCAUGGGUGGGGAAAAAGAUAUUCUCAAGAGUCUGACCGGCGCUCUUAGGAGUCUUUCAUUGUCUGACGACCGAUCAAAUCCUCCACCAGCGGCGCCGGCCAAUUCUUCCCAGCGACCAGAGCCUCAGACAUAUGCUAGCCGGCGCGCACGUGCUGUCAAUCGAUGGGAUCUCUCGGACCAGAACGAACGCAUCGACUGGUACUCGGAGUACAAGGCCAGGCAUGCUCCUCUGCGGAUGGAAUGGAUGGAUUCAGCACAGAGAACCCAGGACGAAAUCCGUGGCAUUUCGGUUUUUGACAACUCCACCAGACUAAUCGGUUACCUGGAAGAUCACAGUUUGCGGAUUUGGGAUCUCCGAGCAGACAGCAAUGGCAAACGAAGGUUCGCCGAACUCGGCCGGAGCAAACCAUUGUUACCGUCGACAGACCUGGACACCGCAGCCGAAACCCUAGUGGUUGACUGUGUCAGCUCGUUCCCAGCUCAGAAAAGGGCCUUCGUCGCCAUUGACAAGACACUGAACGAAGUAGACCUCAACACGAUGCAAGUGGUAUCUCGAUCCAAGUACUCAUGGCCCAUAACGGCGCUAUCACAAUCUUCCGACUCGAUGCCUCCAUUAACGGUGGGGACUCAAUGGAGUCUUCACAUCGUCGAUCCAAGCGCUCCCGUGAAGCCGCUGUCAAACGAAAGCACCGAAUCUCUAGAGGUUAUUCCAGCUACAGCAGGGACAUCCACUGCACUGUUACCGAAUCUGACCGAAGAUGCCAACAAGCUCCCCACACAGUUUGGAAUCAGCUCACCAUUCUCAGCAAACCCAGGUCCCUCGAUCUGGGCGCCUGGAUCUCCCUCGUGGGAACCCUCUCACCGGCUCCAAAACCCACAUUGGAUGGCGUACGCACGCGUGGAGCCCGGUCCGCUGGCAAUCCUUCAUCAUUCAGAACACGAAAUUCUCGCCGGCGGGCGGUUCCCUAGCAUUCUGUCCUACGACCGCCGUUACUUCCCACGUUUACAGUAUGUCAUUCACUCGUCAGCAUCGCUUUCUGCAUUGGCCUCGAUCCCUUACCCUCCGGCCAUGAGUGGUAGUAGUCGACCGGGGACAUCGACACUGAUUGCCUGUGGUGAGUAUCGUGGCCGUGGCUCGCUGGAGAUCUACUCCUUGCCUCAUGUCAAAGUCUCUAAUAACCUGGACGACGGUUCUGCCUCGUUGGACCACCCAUAUAGCUAUAAGAACCGACAAGAUGCGUCAUCGUCGAAACUACUCAGUGUUGCCACGCACGGCACGCGCAUUGUGUAUUCGGACAGCGAAGGCGGUUUGAAGUGGGUGGAACGUGACGGCCGCAGUCUGGUGCGCCGCUGGAAUAUAAAUUCAUUCGAUCUCGAUGCCAAGGCUAUUGGAACAGGCAUCAAUUCCAAUAUGCUGACAACGAGUCGGUCCGGUGAUGAAGUCGCGCGGAAGAUUGUGCCACUGACAACGAUGCCUGCGUCUUCUGUAGAUUCCGAUACCUACGGCUAUGGCAAGAGAGGAGAUGACGACUUAUUGGUCUGGACCGGUGAGCGAGUCGGCAUUGUCACGACUCAACCACAGCGACUAGAUCAUCGUGAAGUCGUGAACGCGAUGGAGUCGGCCGGCCAACAAGAGGACACUUUGAGAGAUCUCAGACACAAGGAAGAGGAAUAUGCCCAAAGAAUGAGGCUGGCUCUUGAACGCCAGGCAGACGAGAGGAGAUGGAUGAGUCGCUUCCGUUUCAAGACCGGAAGAUGGUAGUGGUGGACUUAGACUCUAUACCAAGCGAGGAUGUGCGUCUCAAGAGCUAAACAGACAGACAGACAGACCUCUAGGUCCUCUAGGUCAAACGUUGGUUAGAAAUAGACAAUUCUGGCUAAUAGUGUAUUAAUAACGGUCGUUUUGG